UUGGUGGCAGUGGCGCACACAGACACCACACGGGUUCAUCUUCUAGCUCCCCUAGAUUGCCCGGACGGGGUACUGGCCACCAGUUCACCAUGGGCGACUCCUCGUCGUCAUCGGCAGCCUACAUCAAAAUGGUUCACCAUAUGAUAGAGAAGUGCAUCUGCUUCAACCUGAGCAAGGAAGAGUGCAUGGACGCGCUGGAGAAGCAUGCCAACGUCAAGCCUGUCGUCACUUCCACGGUGUGGAAGGAGCUAGAGAAAGAGAACAAGGAGUUCUUCGAGACGUACAACAAGGACCGCGAGGAGCGGAAGGUGGAGGCGGAGACGAUGGCGCGGAUCGAGAAGAUGCUCUCCGAGGCGGCGGCCUCCAAGAGCUCCGACGACGAAGGCUAGCUAGCUAUAGCACGCGAUCCGUUAGCUUAGCUAGCUCUCUAGAGCUAUAGAUCAUGCAGCUCCGACGAUCCUCUCCAUGCAUGGGAAUUGGGAGCUAGCCUUCUCGUACGUACAUGAGACCAUUCUAUUUAAUUAGCUGCCUAUAUUUAUAUCUUGCUACAUACCUAGCUAGUACAACAUAACACGCCGCCACUGCAACAAGGACCAUGCAUGCAUGAUGUGUAUAUGUGGUACGUCUGGUUAUUAUUAGGACCAGAAAAGUUAUGUUUUACGAUGUAGAAAGAUGCAUAUGCAUGUAUUCGACCAAUAUUACACAUAAGAAUCUACCAUGCCUGUAGCUAGCUAGGGUCAUGUUAAAGCAAAAGGUAGGCAGGCUUGUCUAUCAUUGACUGUAACCUUCCGUGACACGUGGCAGCUGGCGCGCGAAUCCACCAGUGAUGUCCUGUACCUCAUCGGGGGUUGCUACUUGGUACUUGCCGAGGUAGCCGGUGCUUCUUGGCUUGCCGUAGAAAAUCCUUAAGACCUUCUCGCCAAAUUUCCCCAUUUCCCGUGUUUUUUCUGUAAAAAUAAAUUGUUUCAUGUGAAAUUUCUAUAUAUUCCUAUAAAAUUCAUGC